ACUCCGCGGGGACCAAACAUGGAGGGCGGAAGCGAGCGGAAGAGGCCGCGCGAGGAGGCGGCGGAGGCGUCGGGCCCGUCCGGGGAGGAGGAUGAGGGUUACGAGCCCUACGUGCCGGUCAAGCAGCGCAAGCAGGAGAUGCUGCAGAAGCUGCUACAGAUGCGCAGGAAGGGGGUUCUGGACGAGGAGCAGAGGGACAGCAGCAGUGAGCACAGGGGGGAUGAAGAUGAUAUUCCUCUGGGCCCCCAGUCCAACGUCAGCCUCCUGGACCAGCACCAGCACCUUAAAGAGAAGGCGGAAGCGCGCAAGGAGUCGGCCAAGGAGAAGCAGCUGAAGGAGGAGGAAAAGAUCCUGGAGAGCGUGGCAGAGGGUCGAGCUUUGAUGUCUGUGAAGGAGAUGGCAAAGGGCAUCACCUACGACGAUCCGAUUAAAACCAGCUGGAAGGCGCCGCAUUACAUCCUGGGCAUGUCGGAGGCACGGCACGACCGCGUGCGCAGAAAGUACCACGUCCUGGUGGAGGGCGAGGGCAUCCCCCCACCCAUCAAGAGCUUCAAGGAAAUGAAGUUCCCGGCAGCUAUCCUGAGAGGCCUGAAGAAAAAGGGAAUCCAGCAGCCGACCCCCAUCCAGAUCCAGGGCAUCCCCACCAUCCUGUCCGGCAGGGACAUGAUCGGCAUCGCAUUCACUGGCUCAGGGAAAACCCUGGUGUUCACGCUCCCCGUCAUCAUGUUCUGCCUGGAGCAGGAGAAACGGCUGCCAUUCUCCAAGAGAGAGGGACCCUAUGGACUCAUCAUCUGCCCCUCUAGGGAGCUGGCCAGGCAGACCCACGGCAUCCUUGAGUACUACUGCCGCCUGCUGCAUGAGGACAGCCUGCCCCUGCUGCGCUGUGCCCUCUGCAUCGGGGGCAUGUCCGUCAAGGAGCAGAUGGAGACUAUCAAACACGGUGUGCACAUGAUGGUGGCUACCCCGGGCCGCCUCAUGGACCUGCUGCAGAAGAAGAUGGUGAGCCUGGACAUCUGUCGCUACCUGGCCCUGGAUGAGGCCGACAGGAUGAUCGACAUGGGCUUCGAAGGAGACAUCCGCACCAUCUUCUCUUACUUCAAGGGCCAGAGGCAGACCCUUCUCUUCAGUGCCACCAUGCCCAAGAAGAUCCAGAACUUUGCCAAGAGUGCCCUGGUGAAGCCCAUCACCAUCAAUGUGGGACGAGCUGGAGCUGCCAGCCUGGAUGUCAUACAGGAAGUGGAGUAUGUGAAGGAGGAAGCCAAGAUGGUGUACCUGCUAGAGUGCCUGCAGAAGACCCCGCCGCCCGUGCUGAUCUUUGCGGAGAAGAAGGCUGACGUGGACGCGAUCCACGAGUACCUGCUGCUCAAGGGCGUGGAAGCGGUGGCCAUUCACGGAGGGAAAGACCAGGAGGAGCGGACGAAGGCCAUCGAGGCCUUCCGGGACGGGAAGAAGGAUGUCCUGGUUGCCACCGACGUAGCCUCCAAGGGCUUGGAUUUCCCAGCCAUCCAGCACGUCAUCAACUACGACAUGCCAGAGGAGAUCGAGAACUACGUUCACCGAAUUGGGCGUACGGGCCGCUCAGGGAACACUGGCAUCGCCACCACCUUCAUCAACAAGGCCUGUGAUGAGUCUGUGCUCAUGGACUUGAAGGCGCUGCUGUUGGAGGCCAAGCAGAAGGUGCCCCCGGUGCUGCAGGUGCUGCACUGUGGGGACGAGACCAUGCUGGAUAUUGGAGGCGAGAGGGGCUGUGCCUUCUGUGGGGGCCUGGGCCACCGUAUCACCGACUGCCCCAAGCUGGAAGCCAUGCAGACCAAGCAAGUCAGCAACAUCGGCCGCAAGGACUACCUGGCACACAGCUCCAUGGAUUUCUAG